AUGAAAUCGACUCUCCUUGAGCUCCCCGCAGAAAUAUGGUACCAGAUAUUUACUUCUUUGACAUAUUUCGAUCUUCACGAGCGCCUAAAGCCAGCAAAUCGACGUUUUAAAUCGCUUGUUGUUGGUUCAAAAACUCGACUGCACGGGCUUACGGCUACGAUAUGGAACCAAGUCAUCCACCACGAGCUUGACUACCAUGAUCUACGUUCACUAUCCAGGGUCUCCCCUGACUUCCGCUUCUUUGUCAAAAAAAACAAAUCUGACGAUAUCCUAACAACAAGACGUCGGUUACCACUCCACCGAAGACCUGGCGGGUUGAACCCGGCACAGAUCACGCUACACCCUGCGGAACUAGAGGGAACGAGGCUGGAACUACACCCCUUUUUCUACAAUAUGGCAAUGGACAAAAAGAAAGCUCUCUUCUUUUAUAUGGCACCAUCCGCCAGACCUCGUUUCGUGGCGGCCAAAUCGCUUUCAAUCGAACGUUUCGUGUAUAGUACCCAGCAGCCUCGUGGGUUUUUUGCCCCUCGCACUGUACUAUCCGAAAAUGCAACAUACCCCCCAGUCGCUGGUUUCGCAAUCGAACUAAAUAAAACCCGUAAGGUACAAGUUUGGCCGAAGCAAGCAGAUGGAAGGCCAGCUGCUGUCACGGUCGGAGACGUAGUUCAGGUGCUAGGAGAGGCAAUCGACACUACGUCGCAGCUCGGCUUAGUACAUGGGGAAUUUUAUACAGUGUUCCAAGAACUUUCGUCCAAAAAUGCCCGAGGAUGUAUGUCGCUUUCCUUAUUUGCAAGCUAUGUCGGAGAGUUCGGCGGGGUGAAGUUAUUAGAACCAAAGUUCGAGACUGAUUUGAAUGGUAAAAAGGAGCUAUCGUGUUCACUUUCCCCGCCCCAGCUUGAAAAGUUAUACCCACCACUUGCAUAA